ACCGCUUUUGUGGACAAGUUCUCAUCUUUCUCUGUUGUAUGCUUCAUUUCUCUCUUGAAUCCAAAACCCAGAAAAAGGAAAACCAAAAACAAUGUCUUCUCCAAGCAAACGCCGCGAGAUGGAUUUGAUGAAACUGAUGAUGAGUGACUACAAGGUAGAGAUGAUCAACGAUGGCAUGCAGGAGUUCUAUGUGGAAUUCAAUGGACCAAAAGACAGUCCUUAUCAGGGAGGUGUAUGGAAGAUAAGGGUGGAGCUUCCAGAUGCUUAUCCUUAUAAAUCUCCAUCUGUUGGCUUUGUAAACAAGAUCUACCACCCAAAUGUUGAUGAAAUGUCUGGUUCAGUUUGUUUGGAUGUUAUCAAUCAGACUUGGAGUCCCAUGUUUGAUCUGGUGAAUGUGUUUGAAGUGUUUCUUCCUCAACUUCUUUUGUAUCCCAAUCCAUCAGAUCCAUUGAAUGGUGAAGCUGCUGCGCUAAUGAUGCGGGACCGUACUGCUUAUGAACAAAAAGUGAAAGAGUACUGUGAGAAAUAUGCCAAGCCAGAGGAUGUUGGGACAGCUGGAAAGGAAGAGUCAAGUGAUGAGGAGCUGAGUGAAGAUGAAUAUGCUUCAGAUGACGAGGCUAUUCCUGGAAACCCCGAUCCUUAGGUGCAUGCAUGAAUCACCCUCUGUGUGUUGUACAUGAUAUUCAGUUCCAGGAAAAUUGAGACUUGACAAACUAGCGGCUCUUGAAAAAAAUUCCUUUUCAAGAUUCCUCUCUGCCACCGUUUUGUCUUAUUUUAUUUUCCAUGGAUGUGUAAAUCAAUCUACUCAGGUUUAAUGCUUUAAUUAUUGAUUCACUGUUGGAGACCAAAGUUUGUACUGUUCACAUGCAUGUUGUGGCUUUA